AUGGGUAUUAAGCUGGUAGUUGGUGGGUUUGCUGUAAAUGUGAUUAGUGCUUACGCUCCUCAGGUAGGUUUUGACCAGGAGGUCAAGAAGCGAUUCUGGGAGGAUUUGGACAAGAUGUUGCGUAGUAUCCCGCCCACAGAGAAGUUGUUCAUUGGCGGAGAUUUCAAUGGUCAUAUUGGGGCUAGUGCUAGGGGUUAUGAUGAUGUGCAUGGCGGGUAUGGUUUUGGGGUUAGGAAUGAGGGAGGUAAUUCACUAUUGGAUUUUGCUAGAGCUUUUGAUUUGGUUAUAGCUAACUCGAGUUUUCCGAAGAGGGAAGAGCACCUGGUCACAUUCCGGAAUUCAAUGGGCAAGACUCAAAUCGAUUAUCUUCUUUGCAGGAAAUGUGAUAAAGGUCUGUGCAUUCUGACUGCAAGGUCAUCCCAAGUGAGCACCUCACGACUCCACAUAGGCUCCUAG